UUUUCCCUGAUUCCGGUAAAGUUUAAGUCGCCCUUCACAACCUCAACCCUGACAACCUCAACAACAACAAAAUAUACCCGAGAUGGCACCAAUAUAUUUCUUUUUCCGUCAUCUGAACAAGUUCCUGUAACUAUAAUAUCAUAGGUGGUGCAGUGAUCACAUGAACACAUAUGUGUCUUAGGCUCACAAGUUGCAAGAGAUGGAAGAGCCAGGGAGUUCAAGAUGGGCUCUGGUUAUCCGUGAUGAUGGAGAGGCCAGUGUGGUCCCACUCUCUGAUGUGCCUGUUAUACAUGAGGAAGGAGCUGGAAUAGUUGACAAGACUCCUACAGUUAUUGUUUUACAGACACAGGAACAGGACGAAGCAACAGGCGGCUGCUGUGUUGGGUCACACGUCACAGAGAAUAUUUCUGAGGAUGCUGAUGGUAGGGAGAGAUCUAGAACCAGUGCUGAAAGCAUCACUGACCUUAUCAGCCUAUCAGCAGGCCAAGUAGAAGACUCUGUCGAUCAUCUUGGGGGUGCUGUGAUUACCAUCGCUGAUGCUUCACAACCUCCCUCCCCUAUUGAGUCAAGUACCUUAGAAAACAUUGAGAUUAGAGUACUUACACAUGAAGAAACAGCACAUACGACACACACCAGUGAAUUAAAUGAUGGCACAAAAUGCUGUAAAUCCAAGGAAACAGAGUGCAUUGCAAGAGUUAAUCCAGUAGUCUCUGUAGCUAAUAAUAAGACAUCACUAUCUGGUUCCUGUGGUAAUGAAAUAAGCAAUAAAAUUAUGUACAUGUGUAAAGGCAUGAAACCGAAGAAUAACAGAGUUGAAACAUUUCCUUUUGAAAGGAUGGAAGCCACACUACAUAAAGACCUAAUAACAGAAUUAGGGUUAGCAUCAGACAGUGGUAUAUUCAUCACUCUCCAUCAGCAAGGGAUUGCUCGAGGUGUGAGAGUUACUGAAACCAGUUCCGAUCAAAUAGUGGUGACAGGUUCCCUAGUGGAGCUUCUGGCAUCCAGGGACAUGAUUCUUUUAGAAAUUCAAAAAAUUCGAGGCUUGCCAACUUCACCUCAGACAAAUGUUUCUACUGGAACACGAGAAGUUGGAGUAAUGUGCGAGUUAAUUCCCUCGCCUCCCACUGCUCGAUAUGCUUCAUCACUGGGUCUCGACCGUUCUGCCCGUCGAUACCAUUCCGUCCUUUCCCGUCCUCUAUCUCCAGAGCCCUACCAGCAACAUAGACGGUCAAGAAAGCAUUUGAUGUCACAUUCUAAAUUAAGAAAAACUGAGGAAAAGCACAUAUUCAGAAGUUUCAGUGAAAGAAUGUUGAACAAGCAGUCAAAUCAGACAAACAGAAAUUUGGAAUGCAUCAAAAUUGAAAAAGAUAAUGAAGACAAACUAUCCAGGAAAAGCUGCUCAAACACUCAAGAACAGAAUCCAAAUGUAGAAAUACUGUUUGGAGGUUUAAAAACUGAACCAGAUUGUGAUGAAACAAUUAUCGUUAGUAGUAUAAAUAAUUCUGACAUAAGGGAACUUGACAGUGACCAUAUAAAUAAAAAAUUAGUGGUAGUUAGUAAAGCUGAUGAUGAUUUUAGUUUAUCACCAAUAACAAAAGAUAUUGUAUUAAAGCCCUUGGAUGAUAGGGAAGUCCAGUUUAGAGGCUGUGUCGAAGGCUCAAAUAAUAAGGAAAAUAUUGAUACUGCGUGCGUCAAGGAGGUUAAAGAAAAAGAUGAAGAGGAGGAGGAGGAGGAGGAAGAAGAAGAAGAGAGCCUAGAUAUGGAUGUAGAAAAUGACAAAGUUAUUUGUGAACCAGAAAUAAGUAUGUCAGAAGGACAUGAAGAUGAUCUGUCUAAAGAUCAUUCUAAUGAGGAAGUGAAAUUCAAAUUUUCGUGUAAAAUUUGUUCUUACAAGAGCAUGAGGGAAAACCACUUUGUAAAGCAUAUGCAGCUGCAUGACAAGGGUUUGGCAUUAUAUCGAUGCAAUGAAUGCACCUUUGUAUCAAUCCGUGCAAGUCACUUGCGUCGCCACAAGAUGUCACACGCACAGCAAGUUCUCAACUGUCAUCUCUGUGCUUACACUUGUGAUGAUCAAAAGCUUCUUACUAAACACAUGCGAGUUAAACAUCAAACAUCAAAACAACCAAAACCUAUUGGUAGCGUAUUUGAGUGUGAUGAGUGCGAAUACAAAACAAGUUUUCACUAUGCCUUCCAGAGACACCGUCGCACACACUCACCUUCAAAGAUGAUUGUUAUGCACACUUGCCCUCAGUGUCCUUACAAGACAAUGCGGCGUGAACACUUUUUAAGACACAUAAAAAAUGUUCAUCAGAACUGCAGACCAUUUUUAUGUGACAUCUGUGGCAAAGCCUUCAAGAGACAAGAUGCCCUAAAACAGCAUCACGUGUCACACUAUCAAAAUGUGGCUGAUGGCAGCAGUGGACAAGUGGGACCAUAUGGAUUUGUAUGUCAUAUAUGUCAAAAGAUCUGCAGAUCUGCGGCUUAUCUUAAAGAACAUAUGGCCACCCACUCUGAGGAACGAUCCUUCUUGUGUGAGGUGUGUGGAGCUUCAUUCAAAACUCGUUCUGUCCAGAGGAAUCACGUCCAAACUAUUCACCGACGACCACGUGCAUUUACCUGCCCAGCUUGUGAAAAAAAGUUCAACACAAAAUUUGCCUUAUGUCGUCAUAUGAAACAACAUGAUACUAAUAUUGAUGACAGUGAAGAAUUACCAAGUAUUACUAGACAUACAAGAAUUACCAGUACUUCACGAAUUUGUGACAUACAACAUUGUUCAGAACCAAUGAAUCAUCCAAAUUCAAGUGUUGUUCAUACAUCAAGUAAAAGCAGACCAGUCCUCCCUACCACACCUAUUGGUUCUCCAUCACAAAAUCCACCAUCAGCCUAUCAAAUAACAAUUGAUGGUCAACCAGCCUUUUUACUGCCUCAUAUUGAUGCUCAGCAUGCAUCAAUAGAAGACAGUGAGUCUUCUAUCAUUGAAGGCAACAGCACAGUUAUAGUUGGAGGAGAUGGUACAAGUGGAACAGAACUUGGUUCUCUUGCUAGUCAGGGUGGAAGUGCAGCUGUUUCAGUUCCUGUUGGACCAACUACAGUUCACAUAGUCAAUCAGGAUCCUCUCUCUUCUGGUUCUGCCAACCUGAUUCUUUCUUCUGACCAGUAUGAGAGCAGCCGUGGAUCAUCUGUGGUACCUGGUGAUACAACUAAUUAUGUAAACUCAGAACAUGGGAACUCAACUCUCUUGUACUUAACAGCAAAUUUUCAUUAAAGAAACUAUUGCAUUGUACAUUUCAAUAAUAAUAAUAGCUGAAUGGUUAUUGUACUAGCCUAAAAGAAGUCCUGAGUUUGACUCACACCGAAAAGACUUUCUAAUUUGGUUAAUUAGUUUCCAAAGUAUGAUCACUCAAAACUGAUCUUCAGAUUGGAGAUAAAACACAGUACAGUGGACCCCCGCAUAGCGAACUUAAUCCGUGCAAGAGGGCUGGUCGUUAUGCGAAAUGUUCGCUAUGCGAAUUAAUUUUCCCCAUAAGAAGUAAUGGAAAUAAAAUUAAUCCGUGCAAGACACCCAAAAGUAUGAAAAAAAAUUUUUUUUACCACAAAAAAAUGUUAAUUUUAGUACACACAAACUGAAAAAGGCAUGCACAAU